AUGUCGAUGUCAAAGUCAUCCUACACGCAGUACAAUCGGAAGAACUGGGAAGAUGCUGAUUUUCCAAUACUUUGUCAAACUUGUCUAGGAAACAAUCCGUAUUUAAGAAUGAUGAAGGAUAAGUAUGGCAAAGAGUGUAAAAUAUGUGAACGACCUUUCACCAAUUUUCGAUGGCAGCCAGGGAAAGGGGCCCGUUACAAGAAUACUGAACUCUGUCAGACUUGUAGCAAAGUAAAGAAUGUAUGUCAAACAUGCAUGUUUGACUUGGAGUACGGCCUCCCAGUACAAGUUCGUGAUGCAGCUCUACAAAUAGCCGAUAAUCUUCCUCGUCAAGGUGCUAACCGAGAUUUUUUUCUUCAAAAUGCCGAAAGGGCAUUUGCGAAUACUGACGGUACCACACCUAUUGGCGCACUUGCAAAUGUAGGCGAAUCUGCCGGAACUGAGAUGCUGAAACGUCUUGCGCGCACAGCCCCAUAUUACAAGCGUAACGCGCCACACAUUUGUUCCUUCUACGUAAAGGGAGAAUGUAAGAGAGGAGAGGAGUGUCCUUAUCGUCAUGAAAAACCGUCAGAUCCCGAUGAUCCACUGUCCACUCAAAAUAUCAAAGAUAGGUAUUAUGGAAGUAAUGAUCCGGUUGCGGAAAAGAUUAUGAACAGAGCCAAGGCGAUGCCAGCGUUGGAACCACCGGCAGAUACUACUAUAACGACUUUGUAUGUGGGUAACCUUGGACCAGCUGGACAAAUUACGCAAAAAGAUUUGAAGUCCGAUUUUAGUGAUUACUUCUAUCAGUUCGGCGACAUUCGUAGUUUGCGGCUGUUGGAGGCGAAAUCUUGUGCUUUCAUACAGUUCACUACGAGGGAAGCAUGUGAGAUGGCAGCAGAGAGGUCUUUCAAUAAAUUGUUCUUGAAGGCGAGUCUGUUUAUGGGACGCCGUCUUGUAAUUCGAUGGGGGCAACCACAAGCCCAGAAAAUGGGUGAUGAGCAACGCAACAUCAAUCCAGUGCCGUCUCUUCCAAAUCCAUGCCCAACCCCUGAUGAUUUGGUUCCGAGCAAUUCGAAACGUCAACGUAUGGACCCCCUUAACAUCCCUCUCCCACCUGUGCCUCCAUCGUUUGCCCCUCCAGCUAAGCUUGUUGUUCCUCCAACACGCCCUCCGGCAGCACUUUCCUCAUCUGUCCCUCCUGCAAAGGAUGGUACCGGUAGUAAUAAUCGUGCUAACUGUAUUUACUACCCAAGUCAAGAUCCACAACGGCUUGGAGCUAAAGGAGAUGUCAUUGAAGAUUAA